AUGGCAACAACACCCUUAACUGAAUUCCAAUUCUUCUCCUCUCUUCCCUAUGAACUUCGUCUCAAGAUCUAUGGCAUGCUCCUCAACGAAACCCGCACCGUCCAAAUAAAUUGCGAAAAGGCCACGAUCAUCUCAACCCGCCGCCGCUACCUAAAGUCUUUCAAAUCACCAACUCCCGUCCCUUUGCUCCUACACAUCUGCCAAGAAACUCGCGCCGAAGCCCUCGCUCACUAUAAACCCCUCUUCCGUACACAGCAUUCCCCAUCCUACUUCUACAUAAACUUUACCACCGAUAUCAUAAAACUUGCCGAUGGGAUUAUUCCUUACCUAGAUGGAGAAGAGCGCGACGGGAUAAGAAAAAUGGAGCUGGUGGUUUCGGACGGGGCAUAUUUUGGUCAUUACAAUUUGGAAGCAAUAUCAAGGAUGAGGGGGUUACAAGAAUUGGAAUUGGAGGCUCAAGGAGAGGAUCUGAAUUCUUGGCAGCCGGAAGGACAUUACUUGAGUACUAUCAUGAAGGAGUUAAAGGAGAUGAGAAGAGAGAAACCAGAUUGGUGUUGUCCGAGGGUAAGGCUUGUGCAUGGGAGGUUAGGUAAAGAGUUUGGGGUAGUCGAGGGAGGUAUCUGGACGGAAGCUGAUGAGGAAGAUUGA